CUUUAAUCGAUACUUCUAAAGUACAGUGUAGGUUUAUUUACAAAAUUAAGUUGUUUCAAAUGGAAAUUACUGGUAAAGUGGUUAUUCUGGGACCUAUAGGUGUAGGAAAAACCAGUAUUCCACUUCGUUAUAUUCAAAAGUAUUUCUUCGAUAAUAUCCAAGCAACUGUGGGCAAUUCUCUCUUACGGUGUAAACUUGUGAUAGAUAGCACCACUGUCAAUUUACAGAUAUGGGAUACUGCUGGUCAAGAACGCUUUAAAUGUGUGGUCCCUAUGUUUUACCGGAAUGCAAACGCAGCUCUAUUCGUUUUUGAUAUUAGUUCCAUGGAGAGUUUUCAAAGUAUGCAGGGAUGGGUUGAUGAAUUAAAAUGCAAUUUUCAAAGUGCAGUGGUCACAUGUGUGAUAGGAAACAAACUUGAUUUAUCAGAAAAUAGAGAAGUCCCUACAGAUGUAGCCAGGCAAUAUGCCAAAAGUAUCAACGCAAGGUACUACGAAUGUUCAGCAAAGCGAGAUCAGGCAAUUGGAGCAAUUUUCGAUUACGUAGCUCGUGGUUUGAUAAGCCUAUCAGAGAACACAACUGAUCAUGAGUCAGGAAAUACUACGAACAUAACAUUUAGAAAUAAUCGCAAUAGAACAAGAAAUGACAGAGAUAAUACGAAAUGUUGUUAAUUUUUAUUUCAACGUAUUAAUUUACGUUGUUAUGACGAAUAUUAUGUAUUAUGUAUUUAUUAAUGUACUUCACUUUAAUAAAUUGUGAAAAGGAGAGAGUCUAAA